GUGUGUUUGUGUGCGCGCGUGUGCGUGUGUGUGUGUGUGUGUGUAGUAUGUGCAGUCUUCUACUCUAGUGAUGUAGCAAGGACACAAUUCCUGUUUUGACACACCUGCACACAGCCAGAGGUAGAAGUACCACAACUGAGUGUGUGGGAAUAAUGAUGUCAUAUUUUCUUACUUUAUUCCGCUCUUAACCUCCCCUCUAAUUUAGGUUUCAUCAUGCUCUUUAUUGGUGCAGCAGCACUACAACAAGUGUAUCGCGUUAUGUCAAACAAAUGUGAUGGUUGGUUCAAACUUUUAAGAGAACACAAAUGAUCUCAAAUAUCUCAAACAUAAUUAGACACGAUGAUUAGAAAAUGUGCUUGUGUCUAACUUAGAGAUUUAAUAUAUUCAUGGUUCACUUGUGUCGUUCAUCAUAUACUUACAUAUCAGAUUUAAAACACAUUCAGCUCUGUGAUUGUGAACGGUUGAAGACAAUUACCAUGGCAUAAACCUGUCGUUAUUGCUCAGUAAACAGGUAUUGAGAGGCUCUAUACAAACAUGAGACUCAAGCUUCUGUUUGUCACUGCAAACAUUUGAUAUUUUUCCUUCGAGUUUGAAAUAGCCAAAAAUUACUGAACAGAAAAAGAAACAGUAGAAGUCGAACCAAGAAUUAUUCUUCAUUUAAAAAGAAAGCAUUCUUGCAUUUUUAUUUAUUUAUUUAGUUUUCUCAAAAUGAAUUCCCUCUGGCUUUGAAACAACAAGGAUGGAGAACUGAAUGAACUGGUUCCUCCUUCAAACCAGGUGAGCAACUUCGCUCUGUGUCUCUGCUCAUCUCUAACAUUCUGCAGCACUCCCCUGCAAGACAGCAACAGACGUGCUCAUCAUCUGGAGUUUAAGUCAUGGAAUUUUCCCCUCGCCGUGGAGACAAUGUUUCUCCCUCAGACCCGGGCCCUGUGGCCUUUACAGCCAAGCUGGACGUCUGUGACAGCUACCCAAAACACUCUGGAGUCCUGAAGUUCACCACUGUUGUGGUCAACGAGGGAGACAGCUACAGUCCUGACACCGGCAUCUUCAUGUGUCCUGUGGAGGGCUUGUAUCACUUCACCAUACACGUGUCUGUCUACGGGCGUGGACAGUGUGCUAUAUUCAAGAACGGAGAGAAAGUGGUGUCUCUGUAUCACACCUCCCUCCCUGACAAAUGUAGCCAAGUGGCCAGUGUCAGCAGUGUGGUGAAGCUGUCCAAGAAUGAUCAGGUGUGGGUGAAUCUCUGGGGGUGUGAUAGAAACGACAUCUUUGCGAGUGUAGACAAUGACACUGUCUUUGUUGGAGUACGUUUGAGUUAAGAGUGUCAAAAGGAAUUUCCUUUAUGCACCAGCAAAUUUGUGACUAAUGUGUUAAUUUGAUACACAAAUGUGGCAAUGGUUUGAUGCAGAAUGUACAUUAUUAACACCAAAUAAUAUGUUUCAUUUGCAUGAA